AUGGGCUCCCGGAACUACUGUCUUUUUAGUCUGUCUCUUAUUGCUGCCUUGAUGUUUGUAUUUAUUUACAACAGCAAAUUGUGGAGAACCAAUUAUUUCCCAAGAGCAAUUGCCAAUGCUUCAGUCUUAGCAGAAGUCUGUUUGCAGAUGUUUAAUGGGGAGACAUUUUAUAUGACAGACAGCCCAAGGAAAACUACCCUGGAAAACUGUUCUGAGUACAGGGCUCAAAAUCACUAUAUAACAGAGACUCUCUCCGAAGAAGAAGCCAGCUUCCCUUUGGCGUUUACACUGACAAUCCACAAAGAUUUUGAUACGUUUGAAAGACUCUUCAGGGCAAUUUACAUGCCCCAGAACGUCUAUUGUGUGCAUGUGGAUAGGAAGGCAACAGAGACCUUCAAAGAUGCUGUCCAGCAGUUACUAAGCUGUUUCCCCAAUGCUUUCCUGGCCUCUAAGAUGGAGCCUGUGGUCUAUGGUGGCUUCUCCCGCCUCCAGGCUGACCUGAACUGCAUGAAAGAUCUGGUGGCCUCCGAGGUCCCCUGGAAAUAUGUCCUCAACACCUGCGGACAGGACUUCCCCCUGAAAACCAACAAGGAAAUAGUUCAGUACCUGAAAGGGUUUAUUGGGAAGAAUCUUACCCCAGGGGUGCUGCCUCCUGCUCAUGCUAUUGGAAGGACCAAGUACGUCCACCAGGAACUGUUAAACCAAAAAUAUUCCUAUGUGCACAAUACAGCAAAAUUAAAAGCUCCUCCUCCUCACAAUAUGACCAUUUACUUUGGCACUGCCUAUGUGGCCCUCACACGUGAGUUUGCUAACUUUGUCCUCAAAGAUCAGCGUUCACUGGACUUAAUCUCCUGGUCCAAGGACACCUACAGCCCCGACGAACAUUUCUGGGUGACACUCAAUAGGAUUCCUGCCGCCCUUGAGAUCCCGCUGAAAUGUCAGCUCUCCUCUCCUUUCUCCUCCCCCCAGAACCAGCCCCGACCUGUUUCCCUCAUGACACCUCCAUUGCGUCCAGUGGGUCUCAGUGCCCCCCUAACGCAUUCCCGUGUCCUCUGCCAAUACCAGACGUGA